GCAGCUUUUUUUAACUUGCUAUAAAAUGAUUCCAUUCAAAAAAGAAAUUUAAUGAAAACUUUUUCGACUUUUUUCAAUAAAUAUCUGUAUUCAUUCUUUCCCUUCGAAACAAAGAACUUUUCCUUUUUCAACGUGUUCUUUGAUUAGAUUAUAUGUAUGCGUAUGUAAAAUGAAUGAAAUACGCGAGAAACGAGAUUUUUAGAUUUUGUGAUAUUGAUAGAUAUGAUCAAAAAGUUUCGGUAAUGGUUCAAUUUUUUUUAAUUAUAAAUAUCAGUCCUCUUGAACCUACCUUUCAAUUCAUAAUUUUAAAUCUUAACUUUUUACUCCUCAAUUUUAACACUUUUUUAAUCUCUCGCUUUUCACACAUUUUAAUCUUCUCACACAUUUUCACAUUUUUUAUACUUUUUAAACUUUAAAUAAAUAAAUAAAUAAAAAAANA